AGCAGAAGUCAGGUGAGACACAUAUUCAGUCAAACGUUAAAACAUGACUCAGAGUAAAAUCUAAGCCAAUCAGCUGUCUGUCAGAGUGAAGCCCCGCCCCCAGCAGCACCUGAGGGUGCAGGUCAGGUCCCUGCUGCUCUGUCUGCAUCACUUCAGCUCUGACAGGAGGCGACGAUGCAGCGAGGCCCGAGCACACACCUGCACCACCUGGUGCUGUGGCUGCUGUUUGCACGAGCCGCUGCGGAUCUGCCCAUGUGCAAAGAGUCAGAUUAUCACUUUGAGUACACAGAGUGUGACGUCCUCGGGUCCCGAUGGAGAGUGGCGGUUCCCAACAAAGCUGACACGUGCACAGGACUCCCAGAUCCUGUCAAAGGCACUCAGUGCACCUUCUCCUGCAGUGAGGGAGAGUUCCUGGACAUGCAGUCUCAGCAGUGUCAGAAAUGCGCUGCAGGCACCUACUCUCUGGGCACCGGCGUGGCCUUUGAUGAGUGGGACAGCUUGCCAUCUGGUUUUAUCAGCCACGGGGUGACCACCGACGACUGGGACGCCCACAAAAACUGCUUCAACUCCACCUGGACACCAAAGGGCGACUUCAUAGCGUCGAACACAGACGAGUGCACCGGGACGCUGAUAUACGCCGUGAGCCUGAAGAAACCCGGAACCGUGUCCUUUGAGUAUUUCUACCCCGACAGCAGCAUCUACUUUGAGUUCUAUGUUCAGAACGACCAGUGUCAGUCCACAGACUCAGAGAGCCGCUGGAUGAAAGUCACUGAGAGUUCCUUCAGCAAGUACAAGGUGGAGCUGAGCAGCGGCAACAACGUGCUGUACUGGAAGACGACGGCGUACACGCUGCAGGGCGGAGCGGUCAAACCGGUGCUGCUGAAGAACAUCGCCAUCUCAGGGGUGGCCUACACCUCAGAGUGUUUCCACUGUAAGCCCGGCUCCUACAGCGCCAAGCAAGGCUCCGCCCACUGCAUGCCGUGCCCUGCCGACACCUUCUCCAACAAGGGUGCCACCGUCUGCCACCAGUGCGAACCGGAGAAAUAUGCAGAGGCGGCUUCAGGGAUCUGCAAAACCAGACCCCCGUGUACAAACAGUGACUACUUCUACACUCACACACCCUGUAACUCAGAGGGAACGACUCAGCUCAUGUACAAGUGGAUCGAGCCGAAGAUCUGCAGUGAGACUGUGGAAGGUGCGGUGAAGCUGCCGGCGUCUGGGGAGAAGCAGACGUGUCCUCCAUGUAACCCGGGUUUCUCCGUCAGCAACUCGUCCAGCUGCGAGCCCUGUGAAAAAGGUUUCUACUCCAACGGGACAGACUGCACCAUGUGCCCUGUUGGCACGGAGCCGGUGGUGGGUUUCGAAUACAAAUGGUGGAACACGAUGCCAAGCAACAUGAAGAGCUCCAUCUUUCGGCGAGAGUUCGGCGAAUCAGAACACAGCACCGCGUGGGAGGUGGCUGGAGAGUACGUGUACACGGCCCCCGGGGAUCAGGACACAGACUACCUGAUGCUGAUGCUCAACGUCCCUGGAUACAGCCUGCCUCAGUCCAUGGCACAAGACAGUGACAGGACCGAGCUGUCCCGCAUCACCUUCGUCUUUAAGACCUCCUGCACAGCUGACUGUAACUUCUUCUUCCUGGCGGGCUACAACCAGUGGAACAACGACGUGGUGGAGCACUGGAGAGGCAGCAACAGCAGACAGUCCUACUCCUACCUGGUCCAGAGCAACAGCACCACCAGCUUCACCUGGACCUUCCAGAGGACCAACGAGCUCAACGCCGAGAGGAAAUACAGCUCUGAUUCUGCAAAGAUUUUCUCCAUCCACAUCACCAACGUGCAGGGGGGCGUGGCCUCUCAGUGCCGCCGCUGCGCCCUGACCUCCACCGCGGCGGACUCCGCCUGCGUCCCCUGCCCGCCGCGCCACUACCUGGUCAGCGGGACGGGAGUGUGUCGGAGCUGUCCGCCCAACACCUUCAUCAGCACCGAUCAGACCACGGGAGAGGCCGGCUGUGUGCAGUGUGGACCCAACACACAAAGGAACCAGGCCCACACAGCUUGUCUCAGCGACUGUACGCUGGACGUGCAGACGAGAGGAGGCGCGCUGCUGCACUAUAACUUCUCUCCUCUGUCCAACGUCACCGGCUUCCACAGCAGCCUGCGCUUCACCAGCAAAGGCCGCAGAUACUUCCACAGCUUCAACGUGGCUCUGUGUGGGAAAGAGGGCAGAGUGCCGGCUGCCUGCGCGGACAAUGUGACAGAGAGUGGGAAAGAGGUCAAAGGUUACGUCUGUCAGUCCACCGUGGUUCCCUCCGAAAUCAGGAGUCAGAGCGUGGUGUCCACACAGCCAUUCAUCAUCGGGGAUUCGCUCAUCGGGGUGACCACGGAAGAAACCCUGAGCGGCAUCUCUUCUCCAAAGUUGUUGUUUCCCUCCAAGUCCAGCCUGCCAGACAUAAUCUUCUAUUACAAGUCCAGUGAGACGACUCAGGCCUGUAAACAGGGCCGCACAGCUACCAUCAGACUGAGGUGUGACCCCACAGAGACCACUAAAGACCACGUCACGCUGCCCAGGAACUGUUCAGAGGGGACGUGUGAUGGUUGUACUUUCCACUUCCUGUGGCAGAGCCAGCACGCAUGUCCGCUCUGCACCAAAAACCACUACAGGGAGAUCGUCAGUGCCUGCAUCCAGGGAAUACAGAGAACCACCUACGUGUGGCAGCAGCCAUUGCAGUGUUUCGGUGGAGAGUCACUGCCGGCACAGAAAGUCAGCGCCUGUGUGACUCUGGAUUUCUGGCUGAAGUUUGGAGUUUCCACGGGAACGAUCGCUGCUGUGCUGCUCAUCAGCAUCAGCUGCUAUUUCUGGAAGAAGACACGCAAGCUGCAGUAUAAAUACUCCAAGCUGAUGAUGAACUCUGGAGGUAAAGAGUGUGAGCUGCCCACUGCAGACAGCUGUGCCAUCAUGGAGGGAGAGGACGCAGAGGACGAGCUCAUGGACCUCACCAAGAAGUCCUUCUUCACCAAGAUCAAGACCUUCUCCAGAGAGAGGACAUCAGAUGGAUUCGACUCAGUUCCACUGAAAUCGUCUUCACACCUUCAGAGAGAGGAGGAAGACUCUGAUGAAGCUUAACUCAGAGGAUGAAGAAGUGUUAAAAACAGACCCGAGACACAGAAAACUGAUGCAUUUUAUUUAUUAUAAAUGAUAUAUCUUACUGCAGAAAAAUAAAAUAACAAUGUCAUUUAGCAUUAUUUGUCAAAUGUAUGGGUGCCAAACCUAAUAUUUUAAUGGAGAGUCUCCAUAUUGGGGAUAUUCUGUAUUUUCACAGCACUGUGGUGAAUUAAAAAUGCUAAAGUUACAUCGGUGUGUACAUUUUACAUAACUGUGAGGGUGUAUUUAAUUUUAUUUUCCUCUGUUAUUUUUGUUAUUUUAUCAUCAAGCUAGCCAGUUUUUUUAUUAGACCAUCCAUUUAUGCCACCUAUUAUUCAACACCAAACCUUAUUAUAUGAUUUAUUGUGAAGAAAAAUUUUUUUUUAAGUGCAUCUCUAGAAACGAAGACAAACCUCUUAUGCUGCCUUCAUGUGUCAGAUCAUACUGCAUAAUAAUUACACAUUCACCACUUCAUGUUUAUUAUAUAAUACUUUUAUGUUACUACUUUAUACAUUUUUAUGCCUUUUUACGUGCCUUUGAUUGCAAACAAAAAAUUGUCCCAUAUAGAAAGUAUUUUUUGUGUUUGUUAGUUUUGUUCAGUUUAGACAAUCAGUGAAUUUUACUUCACAUGGACAUUUAACAAAUGUGUGAAAUAUUGACACUCAAUUUAAAUAUGGUGAAACAGAAAUAUGUGAUGUGAAUUGCAAAUGUUCAUUUUUUUGCAUUUUUCCACGGAAUAAUAAAAUGAUGAUUUCUGCUACUUUAUAACUCUACUGGACUACAUUUCAGAA